UACUGCCUCCCUUCACUGCCCGUGUGCCCCCCCCCUCCCCCCUCCCCCCUCCAGGUGGGCGGGGCCUUUCAGCUCUGCAUCAUCAUGCUCUCAGUUCUGCAGAUUCACAAAGAGAAGGGAAAACCGUCCGGCCGGUACCACAAGUAUGACCAUAGAGCCUGUCUCCACCAAUUGGAAAGCAGCGUAGUUCACAGGACAGAAAGUUACAGGAAGUUAUACACUCAGACCUCAUGGAGAUAAAGCUGAGUGGAGAGAUGACAGACCAGGGUAAAAUGUCUAGAUGACAAAGUCCAAACAUGCUGACAUAACAGGCUGAAAGACUGACAGCUCAACAGCUCCCUGCUCUUGCCGCCACCCACUCAGCGUCCGUCCAGCCAUGUUGUUAAGGAAGAAGGUGUGCGUUGCUGGGGUGAUCGCUGGUGUCCUCUUGCUCAUGCUCGCCAGUCAAAGCAUCCAAAGGAAACAGUUCCUACCUCUGUCAUUACCUUUGCCCAUCAACCAGGCUACGCCCACCAGCAGGGAGACAGUACCCACAGUGCCUCCCCCUGAUCUCACCCCCGAACCUCCCAGGACCCUCCCUCCUCCCAGCAUCGUCCAAUCUGAAGAAGAGAAGCCUUUAGAAGAUUCCCAGGAUGGCCUAACACACAAAAGGCCAUGUGGUUGCGUUGAGUCCUGUAUUUCAGACCUGGGGAAGUCAGACUGGUUCAGUCAACGCUACGACCCCAAACAGCAGCCCGUUCUCCGAGAUACCGACAACUUUGACCCAGACGCCCUCAAAUGGUGGCUGAAUCUUCAGCGGUCCGGUAAUGACCAGACUAUAGAGAAAAUUAUGUCAGAGAUGUUCCAGGUCAUUGCAUCACCCACUGUGGACUUCAGUCCCCUCCCCUCUCGUUGCCGUAGUUGCGCAGUAGUUGGCAACUCUGGCAAACUGCUACAUUCAGGACACGGCCCCCUGAUUGACUCCUACGACUCCAUAAUUCGGAUGAACAAGGCAGUGACUCGGGGAUUCGAGAAAGAUGUUGGGAACCGGACGACGUAUCACGUCCUGUACCCAGAGAGCGCAGUGGACAUUAAGCAUGGCGUCAGCCUUGUCCUCCUGCCGUUCAAACUGAGAGACCUGGAGUGGCUGACAAGCGCGCUGUCGACUGGCACGGUCAAAAUGACCUACAUGAGGGUCAAAGAACGAGUGCAGGCUGAUAAAGACAAGGUUUUGGUGGUGAACCCCAUGUUCUUUACAUAUGUUAAUGAUCGUUGGAAUGAGCGUCACGGUCGCUACCCGUCCACUGGCAUGCUGGCCAUCAUCUUCGCUCUGCACAUCUGUGACCAGGUGUCUGUGUUCGGUUACGGUGCGGACCAGCAAGGGAACUGGCAUCAUUACUGGGAGGAGAAUCGGUAUGCUGGAGCCUUCAGGAAGACUGGCGUCCACAGCGCAGACUUCGAAACGCAGGUUAUUCACCAGCUUGCGAAGGAAGGCAAGAUUAGUCUGCACCUGUGAAGUGACCACUGACCUACAGACCCGCAGACCUGGUACUCACUGACCUGCUUAUCUACAAACCAGUAGAUCUACAGACUGACAGACUGACUUGCUGACUGACUUUCAGACAGAUGCACAGACUGACAGACACACCUGCAGACAUGCUGACUGACCAACAGACCUUUAAACUGGCCAACAGACCUGCAGACCUGUUGACUAACAGACCGGCAGAUCAGUCACCACUUAACUGUUAGACCAAGAACCAGCAACAUCUCUUCUGGUAUCCCGCUGAGUCUGGCAGAGUUGCAGCUCUCCUGGCUGUCCUCUGGCACUGUAAAACCAAAUUUGAGCCCACUCUGGACCGUAUAUGGCUGCCACAUUUUGUUCUUUUGGGUUUUUUUUUGGUUGUUGUUUGUUUGUUUGUUUUUUUUAAGGUAUUUGGACAGGAUUCACACAUGCUUACUUUUUGCAUACCGUUAAAUCUGCCUUCAGUAAGACAGAGGUACACCAGAUUGAAGCCAAAUCUGGAUCACCUGUGGAGAGAGCCUUCAGGGUGGGAGGAGCUAAACAUGCCACCUCCAUCAGGUGAGCAGGACUCAGAUAUCCUCCCUCUGCAGCCUCAUGCUGAGUUUGUUUAUUGGGAUCCUCCACUGUUGAAACAGACAAACCGUCCUGCCUUGUGUGACUGCAAGGAUCAACCACACAGGUUUUGCUCUGAGCGGGGAACAACCACAGACUUUUUAUCUAUUUCUUUUUUUUUAAUUGAUAUUUUAUAGACAUUGUACAGGGAUAAAUAUCCUCAUUUUUAUCAAAGCACUUUGCCUUCAAGAAGUAAUGGCAACUUUGUUGUUGCUUCUUUGUCCAACCAUUUUACAAAGACUUUUUGUAUCUUAUAUCAUUUAUAAUCCGUCCAUUUAGUCCUAAAACAAACCAUCUCAAUUUGGAGGAUGUUUCUGUCUGGACAGACAGGAACUGGAAAUGGGAAAAGUUCUCCAACAUGUCACUUUGACUCUUCCUGUCUCAACAAUAUAGCUGGAGACAGCAAGAGCAGAAGCCUGUUUUCAGUUCUCAGCCUGUGAUUGAGCUUCUCCAUGUGAUAAUAAUAAUAAUAUGAUUCAACAGUCCACAGCUUUUCAGCUGAUCAGACUGUCCAAAACAGGAACACUAUAUUUGUGUCAGAUAUGUUUAAAAGGACUGGGUUUCCAGCUCCUGUAGCAGAAAAAAAAUCAAUGUUAAUCAGUUAAGUCAGACUCAACAGCAUAACUUAAGCUGUGACUCCAUGAGGAAAGCUGCCGACUGUUGAACUUCAUCAACGGAUGAGUCACAAAGAGUAGGAGACGGUGCGCAGCUUUUAACUAAAGAUUUAUUGAACAAAACUCAACAAGGACAAAGUUAAACUAUCAAUAAAAUCACCAGUGUGUGCAGUGCAGGAAUGAAUGGAAGAUGUGGUGCAAUGUACUCAAGUCCAACCAAAAAUAACAACCAUAUGAAUGAAGCGAGACUGACUCAGCAGUCAGUCCAGCAGGUAGCCAAGGAGUCAGUCUGCUGUCUGUCUGCCAGACUUCCUGUUAAAGGUAUACGACAGCAUGCAGAGUGCUGUCACAGUACUGUGAAUGUAAGAAAACUGUUGCAGAUUGUCAGUCACAGUUGUCUGAAUGGUGGAUUUAUUUACGCAAUCAGGAAUUUCGGGACAUUUUCACACUGAUUUAAUUAGAGUCUGAAUCGGAAUCUGAUCAUCUUUUUUGGAAUGAUUAUAUAUUUUCUUCCAGCAGUUCUUUUGUUUGCACAGGGCUACUCUACAAAUCCGGUGUUCUUCCCAUGGGUUGUGUGCACCUUUGAUUAACGCCACACAACAACUAGAUGCCGCUAAACAUUUGAUCAGCAGGGGCCAUUUUCACACAAAGUACAUGAUUGGUUAUGCUGUUGCUUGUUGAUGCGUACAAACCAAGCCCUUAGAAAGAAGCGCCAGGCCUUGGAGCUAAUUUGACAUAGCGGGAAAACCGUGUUAAUCACAAUGACGCAGGAUGGUAAAAUCAGGAAGCCUCUUGACGUUGCCCAAUGUCUGGUGAUCCGUUUCCAGAUUCAGACCAGUCUGCCAGGGCGAAAUCACUCAGUCGAGAGCUCAGUCAGCUUCAAACAAACUAAAUGUGCAGCUGAAAAGCCUGCAGUCAUAGUGAGUCAUUCCCCCUGGCUGUGUCCCACCAACUCUCCAAGCUCUGUCCAGUAACUGUGUCUUUGUAGUCCCAAUGCUAUGAAUCGUAGUUUAAAUUGGAAUAACAGAGCACGCUUUCAGACAGUCUUUUCCUAGAAGUUAUAAAAAUUGUCACAUGCAGCUGUUGGAAAUAGACAUUUCAGGCGCUGUUAGGCGAUCUCACAAGCUGCUCUGAAAUUAGUUCGGCUGCAGUUUCAAGUUUAACCCUGUCUGUCAGCAACAAGUUGCGUGCUUUUUUGAAACCUGAGAACGAAGUCGUCAUAAGCUGUUGUUUAAUUAGAAGCAUCUGCUGCUUGCUUUUGUAGUUUUCAUUCACUGCUGAGAUCUAAUACUUUGUUGGCUUCUCUGGGAAAACUUCCCGGCUGGUAAAUGGGGAGAUUAUCCACUUGAUGAGCCACUAAAUGACAGCGCACCAGCCCUCUGGUGUCCGGUGCUGGACUUAACAUCUGGAUGCAAGGUUUGGGAAUCUGGUAGAAAUAUUUACUUCCUCACGCUGCUAAAAAAAAUAUAAGCUUGUAUAAGUAUAUUUCCAAAGUUGUGCUUAUUCUAGAUUCCCUGCUGUCUGGAAACUUAUAAUAAAUAAGUAAAAUAAAAUAACAUUUCCUUCAAGGUUACAGGAAGGUGAAGAUUAAAUCAAAUCAACCAAUCAGAUGCUGGUAAUUCCAUCAUAACGACUUUAUGUGUUUUUAGACAGACUAACCAAACAAGAUGUACCUAUGAUGUAUUUGCAGUCAUUAUAGCUUUAAUUCAGCUCAUCAUAUUUAAACCAUGACUGUUAAAAGAGAAAGAAAUAUCAGUUCCACUUGAACAACCUGCUGAUCAUCAGUUCAUGCAUUCGUAGUUCCAGACAGGAACACUGAGAUGUUUCCAAACAACAUGAAUCCACCGCUGUCAUUUUGAAUGAAAUAAAAAUAUAUGAAACAAAA